AUGGAAUUGAAGCCACCGUUUCACUCGGUCGCAGCAGACAGUGGAGUACAGCGUCGGAAGACCACAUCGCAAUACACUGUAGAGGCCGCAGAGGAGAGUGUAGUGCAGCGACGACAAAGGACGUCCUCUACAACACACCUCCGUCCACCAUCAUCGUUGCGCUGCACUGCCUUCCACCCGCCGAGUGCGAAUGCGAGGUCGCGGGCGGUGGAGUACAGCGAAGAUGGUGAACGGAGAAGUGAUGUGGUGGGGACCCAUGGAACAUCGCAAUAUAGCGCAUCGGUGCACCACAGUGGCCCUCCACCAUCAUCGUCACACUCCACUGUCCACUGCGGCGACCACACUACCUUCAUCAUCGAUGCAGUCCUACACUCCACCACCGCAGUCGCCCAGAUAGCAGCAGGCCAGUGCAGCGACGAUCAAUACGCCCUUCUACAGCACUUCUCCGUCCACCACCAUCGCUUACUCCACCGCCCGCCGCCACUGCAAUCUGCGGGGGAAAGGCGGUGGAGUGCAGCGAAGCUGGUGCUGUACGUCCGUCAAGAUGCGGCACCGUCUUAUGGACAAAACGGCCAACUCGACGGCAGCGGACUGUGGAGUACAGCGACGGUAGAGGACAUCGCACCGUCCACCAUCACUGCCCCGCUGCCCGCCACCGCGGCCACACCACAAUGUCCUCCAUCAUGGACCCACUCCACCGCCCACCACCGUCGCCCCAAAUAGCAGGUAAGUGACUUCCGUAUGUGCGUCACGGUGCGGAACCGUCUUCUUACCGGCACUACCGUGGAUGUGCCAACGUUAAACUAACUUCGCGUUGCGUCAACUACUUGAGAGCACCUGGGCAAGGAUAACGCACCGCCAUCUCAUGGCCUAGUUUAUCGG